GAACAAGUUCAAGGAAAAAAAAACAGAGGAAAGGACAAAGCUUUGAUUUCAGCAGCCACCCGUCCAACGCUAAUAAAGAGAAAUUCGUUUUGGGUUUUUCCAUUCGCAGUGUACUAUCAAGACUUUGGAUCCCAGGGUGUUCGUUUCUUUUGGACUAAUUUGAGAAAGACAAAUUGUAUUCUUCCAUUUCUUUAGUGCAUAUGUGUGUGUAUAUAUAUUUAAGUAUGCUUUCUGCUUGAAGAUUAAAGAGAGCAGACCGACAAAGAUUAUAUAAUCAUUUGUAAAUUCUUCUCAUUCGUUGGAGUUAAGAGAGAGGAGAGAGAAAAGAAAUGGGUUGGAAAGGGAUAUUGGGUAUUGAAUACGGGAUUGUGCAGGCACCAUUAGGACCUGAUAUUUCUGGCCCUGAGCUUGUUGCUGCUGUGGCUAAUGCUGGUGGACUUGGGUUUCUCAGAGCUCCUGAUUGGGAGUCACCUGAUUACUUGCGGGGAUUGAUAAGGAAAACACGAACAUUAACUGACAAACCCUUUGGAGUUGGUGUUAUUCUGGCAUUUCCACACGAGGAGAAUGUUAAAGCCAUACUGGAUGAAAAGGUUGCAUUUCUGCAAGUUUACUGGGGUGACUGCUCAGAGGAGCUUGUACUCCAGGCACAUCAAGUUGGUGUCAAGGUUGUUCCCCAAGUUGGGAGUUAUGAAGAUGCAAAAAAAGCCAUUAAUGUUGGUGUGGAUGCAAUCAUUCUCCAAGGACGUGAAGCUGGGGGGCAUGUAAUUGGUCAGGAAGGCUUGAUAUCAUUGUUGCCAAGGGUAGUUGAUCUUGUAGGAGAUCGCGGUAUACCUGUAAUUGCUGCUGGCGGUAUUGUGGAUGCACGUGGCUAUGUUGCUGCUCUGGCCCUUGGCGCUAAAGGGGUCUGUCUGGGAACUAGAUUUGUUGCAACUGAGGAGAGCUAUGCUCAUCCAACAUACAAGAGGAAGUUGGUUGAACUCAACAAAACUGAGUAUACAAAUGUGUUUGGUCGGGCCAGGUGGCCUAAUGCACCACAACGUGCUCUAGUAACACCCUUCUUCAACGAUUGGAAAGCUCUCCCACCUCAUGAAAGUGAGGUUAACCAACCUAUCAUUGGUCGUUCCACAAUAAAUGGCGAGGAAAAAGAGAUCCGCCGUUUUGGGGGUCCAGUUCCAAAUAUGACAGCAACAGGUGACAUAGAAAGCAUGGCGAUGUAUGCUGGUCAAGGAGUGGGUCUCAUCAACGAAAUUCUCCCUGCCUGUGAAGUGGUUAAAAGGCUAGUUGAAGGAGCUCAACGACUGAUCCAGCAAGAAUUCAGUACAAUAUAGUUCAAGGAUGGGUGGCGCGCCUAUCAAAAGUUAUCAGUCAAUUGUUUUUCUGGUAGUGAUGGACCGGAUUCAUUAUUUUCCAUAUAAUCUGAGUUUUGGAUAUCCCAUGGAUAUAGCACAAGAAUUUGAAGUCCUAUCAUAUUGAAGAGGCUACACAAAAAUGCUUGAAGUACUUAAAGGGUCUCUCUCGAUCUCUACAGCCUUGUUCUUGGUUCGUGGUACUUGACUCAUUGAAUACUUUGAAGCAUUUGAAUUAUUUAGAGAUAAAUGAAUCCUUGUAAAGGAUCUAUAUUGCAUAUAAUAACUUCAAUGUUAACUAUAGUUUUUGCCACAAAGGACUUGUGAACUUGGCAAUUUCUAGAA